AUGUCCAUGGGUAGCAGGCGAAACCUAGAAUCAUCGAACUAUCGAAACCCAUGUUUAACAAUGCAUCAGCCGUGGGCUUCUUUACUUGUCUAUGGCAUCAAACGAAUUGAAGGCAGAUCUUGGCCCGCCCCUAUUCGUGGACGCCUCUGGAUUCAUGCUGCUGGCAAGAUUCCAGAACCAGAGACGAUAAAAGCAAUGGAGGACUUUUACAGGGAAAUUUAUGCAAUGGAUGGUGUAACGGAUCUUAAAUUCCCUGAGCAUUAUCCCGUUUCGAGACUUAUAGGUUGUGUUGAUGUGGUCGGCUGUGUUACUUGUGAAGAGCUUGCAAACUGGGAGGCCGUACCUGCAUCGGUCAGAGUAGAAGGCCAAACACCAUUUUGUUGGCUCUGUGAGCAGCCUCAGAAGCUAAUUGUUCCAUUUGAGAUGCGGGGUUACCAAAAAGUUUAUAACUUGGAAAGAAGGGUAUAUGAAGCAGCUGUCAGAGGCCUGCUGCUUGUUAAUCCUCCUCUGCCAGUAAAAUUUCCUGUUCCAAAUCCACGAGAUAAUUUCUCUCUAAAACCGGGCUCGAUCGCUUCUUUUUCUGUCGCCACCUCAAGUAUCUCCAAAGAGGAAAAACCGGCGAGUCUUGUGGCGGCAAUCGAUGGCGCCAGAGCAGCUGCAACCCAGUUUUCGAAGAGUAAUUUUCGACCCCCAAGCGGGAAAGGUUAUGAAAAUGCUGAGAAGGCGGAAGAGUAA